GUCCGCCCAGGGGGAUGGAGUUUAGCGAGCAUCCCCUCCCUUCCGUGCCGUGGCCGCGCUUCUCCGGGGUGGCGAUUCCCAGCACUUCUGCCCCGCCGGAGCGAGGGCUGUCGAGGCGAUCGCCGGAGUUCCGCACUCACCGGGCGGCUCCCUCCCGGCCGCGGAGCGGGAGCGGGCAGCGAAAGGCGGCCGUGCCCGGGAGCAGCACCGCCGCGUCUGCCGCGACAGCAACCUGCACGGCCGGGAAUAAAACCCGUCGCUCCCCGCCGGGAAGGGAGGGCGGUCCCGACCGUGGACCUUUCCUCCGCCCCGCUUCUUUUCCAUUUUUUUCCCUUCUCCUCUUUUUUUCUUUGCCCCCGUUUUUUCCUUGCCCGUAAGCGGGGACGCCCCGUGCGAACUUUCCGUGCAGCCCCGGGCUGGCCCCGCUGCGCCGAGGGGCCUCGGGCGCCGCCGGAGCGGAGGGGCAGGAUGGCGGCGUCGGCCCGCUGGGUGCUGUGCCUGUGCCUGGGCUGGGGCUGCCUGUGCCUGGUUCUGGGGGACGCGCCGCGGCCGCGACGGCUGGGGCUGCGGCGCCGGGCGGCUCCGGGGGCCGUGCGGGGGAGCCGCGCCCGCGCGCCCGCAGGUGACGAGAGCCCGGGUCAGCGGCGGCCCGGGCGCCCGGCGGCGGACAGAGUGGCGGAGCACAUGCUGCGGCUCUACGAGCAGUACCGCGGGGGCCGGGAGCCGCCGGCAGCUGCCGGGCCCUCGCUCCGCCGGGGCAACACGGUGCGCGGCUUCCGUCCGCUGCCAUCAGGGCGCCCCAGAGGCCAGGAGAUGUACGUUUUUAACUUGACAUCGCUCACAGAGUCUGAAAACGUCUUGUCAGCUUCGUUGCAUUAUUACAUCGGUGACCUGCUGCAGGUGAAGUGGAACUGCUCCCAGUCCAGUGGCUGCUCUCAUCACAGGCAUGGCAAACCUGGCAUUCAGAUUAAUCUUUCACUUUGGACCUAUCCUUCAGCUGGGAGCCCGACUCAGAGCCUGGGGCAUUUCCUUAUCAAUGUCUCCUCUGCUUACCAGGAGAGCCUUUCCUGGCAGUGGAAGGAUAUCACUGAGCUCCUGUACGAGGCAAAGCAGAACAACCAAUUGCUGAUGGGUGUUCAAAUGGAUCUGAGCAGCCACCAGCCCUGGCAAAGGGCAUCCCAUGAGCCCUACAUCCUGAUUUACGCCAACGAUUCCGCUAUCUCGGAACUGGACAGCGUUGUCUCUACUCUGCAAGGACCCAGGGCCUUUCCCAAGGCAGGAAGGCAUGUAAGGAGCAGCCUGAGGGAUGGCCGCAGAAAACGUUCCGUAGACACCCUGCUGCCGCUCCAGAACAACGAGCUGCCAGGAGCCAAGGAGCCUUACGGGGAGCGCAAGAUGUGGGUAGGCAGCAAACCCUAUAAGAGCUUCCAGCCGCAGUCAGCAGAGAGAGCUAGGAGCAAGAAAAAGCAGAGGAAGAGUCAUCUGCAGAAGAGCCAGACUCUGCAUUUCGAUGAGCAAACCCUGAAGAAGGCAAGGAGGAAGCAGUGGAACGAGCCGAGGUCUUGCGCCCGGCGCUACCUCAAGGUGGAUUUUGCAGACAUCGGCUGGAGCGAGUGGAUUAUUUCCCCCAAGUCCUUUGACGCUUAUUACUGCUCUGGGGAAUGCCAGUUCCCAAUUCCCAAGGCCAUGAAGCCAUCCAACCACGCCACCAUCCAGAGCAUCGUGAGAGCUGUGGGAGUCGUUCCUGGCAUUCCUGAGCCCUGCUGUGUUCCUGACAAAAUGUCUGCUCUCAGCAUCCUAUUCUUGGACGAAAACAAGAACGUGGUUCUGAAGGUAUACCCCAACAUGAUAGUGGAGUCCUGUGCAUGCAGAUAACACCUCGGAGGCCUUCCAGUAAUGCCUGGGUGAUGUCUGGUGUUUGGGGAAGGGGCGGCCGGGGGUCUCAUCGUGCCUACUCUGCGUUUGCACUGCCAAUAUGUCUUGGGACACAAAAGAGAUCGUGGCAAGGAAUCCAAACAGAAGUUGAAUGGAUUUUGAAUAGUAAUUUCAAGGACGGUGAGCAUGAACUUCAUUUGUGUGUGAUUUUGCUCAACACAAGCCUCAGGAAUGGGAUGUGACUGUACCUGUUGAAAUUGAGAGGUGAAAGAAGAAUUUGCAGAUUUUUGAGACUGCCCAAAGGACAUACUGAUCUGUUUUUGUACAAGAUUUUGGGAGCUGCAUAGGCUGUUAAUUCUUAUGUCUGUUCUUGUGGUGAGUAACGGCAGGGGGAUGUUAGACAUGCAGUAGUCUUAAUUUUAAAGCUGAUCUUCUUGCCUUACGUUAUAGAGCAGUACAGCAAGGAAGCCAAACAAAUCUGACACCCUAAAAGCCAUAGAUAGCCCUACCUGCACAUGCAUCUCCUUGGCACAACACAUCACCCACCUUGUGUGGGAGUUCCUUUUCAUUGACACAUUCUUGUUAAUGAAGGUAAGUGCAGCUCAGUGCCCUCGGGCAGCAGAACUCAAACCAGGGCUGCUGAGUGCACAACUGUCAGUCAGCUGUUUCUUUCAUGGAAGACUUUUUCUGCUCCCAGAACUCAGGAGACUGAGGCUAUAAAAAUAGCACACUCAGUGUGACUUGGGCACUACAUAUUCUAGAACAAAGCUGCAAAUAAUCUGUGUCUUGUCUCCCUGCCAGGAGGUGUAGCCAGGAUGUGGAGUAGCCUGUCCUCCUGCGUGACAGGCAACAGGGCCAGAGGUAACAGCCUCAAGCUGCACCAGGGCAGGUUGAGGCUGGACAUGAGGACUCAUUUCUUCAUGGAAAGGAUGGUCAGGUAGGGCUGCCCAGGGAGGUGAUGAAGGCACCCUCCAUGAGCUGUUCAGGAAAGGACUGGACGGGGCACCCAGUGCUCUGAUUUGGUUGGCAAGGUGACUAUGGGAUCCUCUGAGGGCCCAAACUCAUCAGGAGCAGAGCAUCACUCCCAAGGCAGGGCUGCUCCUGAAGAGUGG